CCCCCCGGCUCGCCGCCCGCCCGCGGGGCUGAGCCCUCCCGCAGCGGGAAGGAGGGGGGGAGCAGAAGGGGCCGGGCCGCCCCUCUCCCCCGCCCCGGGGGGUGCGCCGGGUGGCACCCCCGUCCUCCUGCUCCUCCUCCUCCUCCUCUUCCUCCUCCUCCCCUUAACUCGGUGGCGGCGGCGGGCGGGGCGCUUCGCUUCGCCCUCCGCCGGCGGCGGGAUGGCCUCGGCCGUGUUCGAAGGCACUUCGCUGGUGAACAUGUACGUGCGGGGCUGCUGGGUGAACGGCAUCCGGCGGCUCAUCAUCAGCCGGCGGGGCGACGAGGAGGAGUUCUACGAGAUCCGCACCGAGUGGUCGGACCGCAACAUCCUCUACCUGCACCGCAGCUAUUCCGACCUGGGCCGCCUCUUCAAGCGCCUUCUCGACUCCUUCCCCGAGGACCGGCCCGAGCUCUCCCGCUCCCCUUUGCUCCAAGGGCUCAUCACAAUAAAAGAAGCCCAUGAUAUAGAAGCCAGGCUUAAUGAAGUGGAAAAGCUUCUGAAGACUAUAAUAAACAUGCCAUGGAAGUAUUCAAGAUCUGAAGUAGUCCUCACGUUCUUUGAGAGAUCUCCUUUGGACCAAGUUCUAAAGAAUGACAAUGUCCAUAAAAUUCAGCCAAGCUUUCAAAGUCCAGUUAAAAUAUCAGAAAUCAUGCGAUCAAAUGGAUUUUGUUUAGCGAACACUGAAACAAUAGUCAUUGACCACAGUAUACCCAAUGGAAAAGAGAAGCACCUGGAUGUGGAUUCAGCAGAACACUUGUUUGAAAGUGUGAGUGACUUUACCUCAGAGCUAGAAGACAGUGAUGACCCAACAGCCUAUGUCACCAAUUUGACAUACUACCACCUGGUCCCAUUUGAGACUGAUAUUCUGGACUGAGACUGUUCAAUGCCACAGGCAGCCAGCAUCCAGCCAACCUCUUCGUCCAUAAGCUCUGCUGUCUCCAGCAUUGCAUCUCAGUGAGUAAGGAUCUGCAGGCAAGACCAACAGCUAAGAAGCUGCAGCAAGUACAUCACAAAGCUGGCUUUGUAGUCUGGCCUUCUGUUGUGUCUUGCAGAGACGUCUUGUAAGGAGGUAGCUGCUUCACUGUGAACAACAAAUUCAUUUUCCAUGAAAACAAGGCAGCAGAGGCCUCCUGGGACUUGAGGAAAUCUCUGCAAUGUCUGUGGUAACUACAGCUCUGAUGCAGCCGCUAGAACUCGUGCUGUGGUGUGCUAUCACCUGUGCUUCUUGGCUUGCAGUGCAAGUUGAGGCUUCCUCUUUUAGGAUACCACCAGAAACUUCCCCAGAUGUCGUGCCCACUCUUUUUAUGCUGUGUAAGUGAGGAGGCAAGCCAACCAGCUGAAUUUUGUCAGUUCCCUCUGCAAUUGCUUAAUGGAUGCCUUGCAGGUCACUUCUUGCUCAGCUGCCGGAUGACUGGUGCCUUACACGAGACGUCAGAAACACCAUUGAGUGCCUCUAGGAUACAGAAUACAAGCUGACUGCUUUACUUCUUUCAAUCAUGGGUUUUUAUGUAAUCAUUGAAGAGAUGACUACUCUUUCCCUCUUUCCACGAGUAGUAAAGCAGACAGCAGCUGGCAUUGCAAUGGGCUACACACGAUGUUUAGGUACCUGAAUGAUGUCAAAGAUCUGGAAAGCUGAUGGGAAAGCUGAGCUGCCCUGCUAAGGGCGGUCAAGGCUACGACAGGCACUUGGAUAUGAAUUUUGUCACGUGGACCAGAAAAUGUGAAUGGUGCUUACAGUUGUUUAUAUCAGAGAGAUAGUUCCCUAUGUAUGUUUCUCCCCAGAGAAUGGGGGGGAAGCCAAUGAGAUUGCGUGUUUAGACUGAAAAAGAACAAUAAGCUACAGCGUGCCUACAAUAGUAGGAAAAACACCCACUCCCAGGCCUGCCUGACUCAAAGGGUCUUUCUGGCUUUCUGAGAUACACCUGCAGGGCCGGGUGCAGGCUUUGUUGUCACAUGAAUGCAUUGGUGACAGUGGGAGCACGAGCAGGAUUGGAACCUGCAGCCUCUUGACUACUGAGUAGUGGAAGGUUAAAAUCUCUUUGGGGUCUCUCUCUUGCAGAGUGCUGCGAUCUCCAGGCUCUUGCAGUGAGAGCUCAGCACUCACCGUCGUGGCCUGUCGUUGAGCUUUUUGUGAUCUAAUUGCAAAUAUGAAAUUGAAGGGAUUGAAACAUGAAAGAGGACGUUUUGAACAUGUUUCCUUGUAGUGGGGCUUACGUUGUCCUGAAGAAGUUGGUACAACUCCCUUUCUUUGCAGACUGCUCAUUUCUAUCUGUAGAAUAACAGUCAAACAGCAUUUGCUAAUGUAAAUAAUAAAUUAUUUAGAAUCCCAAUUCUUUUACACAGUAUGUUUUUAAAAUAUAUUUUAAAUGAAAUAAAAUAUAACUCACCUUCAGUACACUUUCUGCAGCUUGAGAUGUGGCUUCUUUCUUUUUCUUUUUCCAUCUCUGAAGACUCUUUCACAAUCAUGCCAAAUCCUCUUUGUUCCCUGUAGUUUUGAAAAAAUGCUGAGUUUACACAACUUCUCCCAUGCUGCAUGUCUUGCCUAAACUGCCAAUACAUUACAUGCUUAUGUGAAAGCUCUUAGCCUCACUGUUGAUCUUGUGUAUAGGUGCAUGUGGCUUAAUACCACUAAGUUCAGUGGAGCAAUUCUGCACUUUUACAACCUUAACUGAAAACUAGUCUGGCACAUAACCUUUUUGAACAUCGUGCAGAUCUUUGUACAUUAAACUCCUGAAAUAGAAGGGGAUGUGUCCAUACUUGUGCAAGGCUUUUUGAACAGACUUUUGAGUUUGAAAUGUGUUUCUUUUUUUGUUUGUUUGUCUUUAAUUUUGUUAGUUAUAAUUCUUUUUCAAUUCUUUAGUGAUUUAAGUUAACCGUGGUGGAUUAGUAUCUAGUAAAUAAGUGUGUUGGAUUGAGAGUUCAAAUAUUUGAUGUCAGUCCCUGGUCCUACUGUCAGCAUACCAUGUUGCUUUUGGUGAAUCUACUUUGUCUCCUCAUGUCUUUCCUACAAUUAUGUUUUCUAGAGCACCAAAGUGUCAUUGUUUUUUGUCAUGCUGUUUUCCCCUGGUCUGUUUGAAUGUUCUUAAGAAUUGUUAGUCCCAUUAUGAUUACUUACCUCUUUCAAAGCACUUUAAGAUCUAUCAUUUAAAAAUGAAAGAGAAACACUGCUAAUUCUUGAAAGGUAAAAAUACAUUCCUCAUUAAAAACAGUUGCAUGCAUGUUGAAAUCUUCGUGGAAGGAGGAGCGUAAUGCAAAGGAGCACAUCUACAAACAGAAGUUGCACCAUUUCACUUGGAUUUUUCAAAAGCCAUUUUUAUCAAGUAUUUUCGAGUGGUGUUGCUUUGUAACUUAUUUCUCUUCACUAAAAUCUAUUUAUUUGAUAAAUCAAAAGAAUGUAAAUGACUGUGUAUAUUGCUUUGUGCACAGAAUCAAUUUAAAAUUACCUUUGGUUAAAUCACUGCAACUUUCUCCU